AUGCCAGCUGUAGGUGAUCUUGAACUGCCUUGGGGGCCAGAUGCACCAUUUCCAAAAAUUGCUUCCCCUUCACCCAAGGAUGCUCCAAACCUUUGGUUAAAAUCUGAUGAUUAUGACCUGCCACCAUCUGAUGAUGAUGACCUGCCACCAUCCGAUGAUUAUGACCAGCCAUCAUGUGAUGAUUAUGACCUGCCACCAUCUGAUGAUGAUGACCAGCCACCAUCUGAUGACGAUGACCUGCCACCAUCUGAUGACGAUGACCUGCCACCAUCUCAUGAUGAUGACCAGCCACCAUUUGAUGAUUAUGACCAGCCACCAUCUGAUGACGAUGACCUGCCACCAUUUAAUGAUGAUGACCAGCCACCAUCUGAUGAUGAUAACCAGCCACCAUGUGAUGAUGAUGACCAGCCACCAUUUGAUGAUGAUGACCAGCCACCAUCUCAUGAUGAUGACCAGCCACCAUUUGAUGAUGAUGACCAGCCACCAUCUCAUGAUGAUGACCAGCCACCAUGUGAUGAUGAUGACCAGCCACCAUUUGAUGAUGAUGACCAGCCACCAUCUCAUGAUGAUGACCAGCCACCAUUUGAUGAUGAUGACCUGCCACCAUCUGAUGAUGAUGACCAGCCACCAUCUGAUGACGAUGACCUGCCACCAUCUGAUGACGAUGACCUGCCACCAUCUGAUGACGAUGACCUGCCACCAUCUCAUGAUGAUGACCAGCCACCAUCUCAUGAUGAUGACCAGCCACCAUCUGAUGAUGAUGACCAGCCACCAUUUGAUGAUGAUGACCAGCCACCAUCUGAUGAUGAUGACCAGCCACCAUCUGAUGACGAUGACCAGCCACCAUCUGAUGAUGAUGACCAGACACCAUCUCAUGCAGAUCAGCAAAUAAUAAAGAAAAAAACAGUUAUAUAA